UCUCUCUCUCCACAAUAAUCUCUCUCUGUAACCACAACCACAUCACACAGUUCAACUUCAUCACCAUAGCGAGCGUGUCUCAAUUCUUUCUUACCUCUCACAUCCACCAUCGCCUUUCAGUGUAAGCAAAAAGCUCACAUCGUCUAAAGAGAGAGCGCGACUAUACAUACAUAAUUAUAAGUAUCUAUUUUUUUAUAUAUAUAUAGAGGGAGAAAAAUGGACGAGGUCUCAACGGGGGCACUCGUGCCGGCCGUGAAGACGGAGGCGAGACCGUCCUCCUCCGACAUGAAUCCGGCGGAGGCCGGCGGAGCCUCCUCCGCAGCAGCGGGGACGGCGGAGGUAGGAGUGCCUGAGCUGGACAAGGACUACUUGUGUCCGAUUUGUAUGCAGAUCAUCAAAGACGCGUUCCUCACGGCGUGUGGCCACAGCUUCUGCUACAUGUGCAUCAUCACUCACCUUCACAACAAGAACGAUUGCCCUUGCUGUGGACAUUACCUCACUACCAACCAGCUUUUCCCCAAUUUUCUCCUGGACAAGCUAUUGAAGAAGACUUCUGCGCGUCAAAUAUCAAAAAUGGCUUCUCCUGUAGAACAAUUUCGACAGGCAUUGCAACAGGGUUGUGAAGUGUCAGUUAAGGAGCUAGACAUCCUAUUGUCUCUGCUUGCAGAGAAAAAGAGAAAGUUAGAGCAAGAAGAAGCUGAGAGAAAUAUGAAAAUUCUUUUGGACUUCUUGAACUGCCUAAGGAAACAGAAAGUCAGAGAACUAAAUGAGAUACAAACUGAUCUCCAAUAUAUUAAAGAGGACAUAAAUGUGGUGGAGAGGCACAGAAUAGAGUUGUACCAGGUAAGGGACCGGUUUUCAGUGAAAUUACGGAUGCAGGAUGAUCUUACGGCGACAAAAUCUCGGCCUUCAUCAAUUGAUAAGAACAGUAUUGGCCUUAUCUCCAGUUCUCGAAAUGAGCAAGUAGGCAUGAGUAUGGGAAAUUUUCCGUACAAGAAAGUGGAUGGGAAGGCUCAAGUAAGCGCUCUUGCAUGCCAAAGAAAGGAUGCUUUCAGUGCAUUGGAUUCGCAACACAUGAGUCAAUCAGGUCUGGCUGUAGUAAGGAAAAAGCGUGUCCAUGCACAGUUCAAUGACCUACAAGAGUGUUACUUGCAAAAGCGAAGACAGUUGAAUCACCCACAUAAGAACGAAAAAAGGGAUUUGAAUGUCAUACAAAGAGAAGGUUAUAGUGCAGGUCUUGCAGAUUUUCAAUCGGUGCUGACUACCUUCACACGGUACAGUCGACUAAGGGUCAUUGCUGAAAUUAUGCAUGGGGAUCUUUUUCAUUCGGCCAAUAUUGUAUCGAGCAUAGAAUUUGACCGAGAUGAUGAGUUGUUUGCCACUGCUGGAGUUUCGAGGCGUAUCAAGGUUUUUGACUUCUCCUCGGUUGUAAAUGAACCUGCAGAUGUGCACUGCCCUGUUGUGGAGAUGUCAACACGAUCCAAGCUUAGUUGCUUGAGUUGGAACAAGUUUACUAAGAACCAAAUCGCUAGUAGUGACUAUGAGGGUAUAGUUACUGUUUGGGAUGUUACUACUCGGCAGAGUGUGAUGGAAUAUGAGGAGCAUGAGAAACGAGCUUGGAGUGUUGAUUUUUCACGUACAGAACCCUCUAGGCUUGUAUCUGGCAGUGAUGAUUGCAAGGUCAAAGUGUGGUGCACAAAUCAGGAAGCUAGUGUUAUUAACAUUGACAUGAAAGCAAAUAUCUGCUCUGUCAAGUAUAAUCCUGGAUCUAGCAUACAUGUUGCGGUUGGCUCUGCGGACCAUCAUAUCCACUACUAUGAUUUAAGAAACACCAGCCAUCCACUCCAUGUGUUCAGCGGGCACAGGAAAGCUGUUUCCUAUGUGAAAUUCUUGUCUAACAAUGAGCUUGCUUCUGCAUCAACAGAUAGUACAUUACGAUUAUGGGAUGUUAAGGAAAAUCUGCCGAUUCGAACCUUUAGAGGGCACACGAAUGAGAAAAAUUUUGUGGGUCUCUCGGUAAACAGUGGAUACAUUGCUUGUGGCAGCGAAACAAACGAAGUAUUCGUCUACCACAAGGCCAUCUCCAAACCCGUGACUUGGCAUAGAUUUGGUUCACCUGAUCCGGAUGAUACUGAUGAAGAUGCUGGAUCAUACUUCAUUAGUGCUGUAUGCUGGAAGAGUGAUAGCCCUACGAUGUUAGCUGCUAACAGUCAAGGAACGAUCAAAGUGCUUGUACUUGCAGAUUAAAUUGUAAACUAAUAAUUAAAUGGGGAGUGAUUGUUAUUAUUUUGUAAUAAACCCUUCAUGUACAAGGUUUUACAAACCUGAAAAUGUUUGGAUGUUGAAUAAUGUAGUUACCUGUUCGGCUAGUGUUCAACCGAGUUCUUUAUUCUUCUCAAGUCAA